AAUAAUACAGUAGUAUUAACCAUAAAAACAGUUAUCAUUUAUCUUUAUUAUCAUUAUAAGUAUCAUUGAACAGUUAGCUACCCAUCCAUCAAAACAAAUGUAUAACAACAACUACUACUACUAUUUGUCCUCAUCGGUGGUAGUGGUGUUGUUGUUGGCAUCAACCAUAUGUCUGUUAGUCCAGUUAGAUAUGGCACUGGCAGCCGAUGAUUGUGGUAGACUAGAAACCGAUCUAAAGGGUUGUCUAGUCAAGCGCUGGGAUAUAUACAGUGCCGAUAAAAUUGCCGCAAUAGUGGCCAAUGGAUCGUCUGAUAGUAAUUUAUACCCGAAAAUAAUGGUAUGUUCAUCGUUGGAGACUCACUGUGCUAACAAAAAAUUGGCUAAAAAAUGCAAAGAUGUUCGGAUAGAGAGUAAACAAGAAAUGGAUAUCGAGUUAGAAAUAGCGGCCAAAUCGGGAUUUAUUGCCAAUGAGGCCAACUGUAAGAAACUAAACCCCAGCGGACCGGUUGGUAUAUGUAGUAAAACUAUUGUAAAACAACAAUAUCUACCGUGUCUUAGUUUACAGUAAAUAGUCAUAUAUAUUGAACAUAUAUAUCAAUAUAUUCAUUAAUCUGUAUAUUAUUAAUA